ACAAAAAAAUAUUGUUAUACAAGGAAUGUAUGAUAGAGGUUUGGUAAUUCCUCCAAUUAAAAAAAUUAAAAGAUCUGUUGCAGAUGUUAAUUUUACAUUAUAUUACUCCCAUGCUAUUAUACAAAACAAUAUAUCUUUUGAAAAACAUGUAUCAAAAAAUUCAACUAAUCAUUAUUUAAAUGCUAUAAUUAAUAAUGACAUUGUAUAUAAUAAAUUUUUACUAUAUGGCAAUAAUAUAAAUAAAAUGAGUAUCAUGGUAUUCAUAUAUAAAGAAUUACUAGAAAAUCAGAAUGAUGCAAAGCAUGAAAUUGUUCAAGAAUAA